CACACUUGGCUCAUGGAUCCCUUGGGCAAUAUCCAAGCACAAAGUCACACGUAUCCACCCAAAUUUCUCUGUCAUUUUAUUUUUCGGCCCUUUUCCCAGUUUCCAGUUUCUUUUAACUAAUAACUCCUCCUUCCCUUACUUUAUUACCUGUUCGGUUGUAGAUUCGAAGCACUCACAUUUACAUUGAUUGCACCCCUUUUGCUUCGUUUUUCCUCUUCACGGGUUGUUUGCAUUCCAUUUCUUUAUUGUUGGUGACAAAUUCGCCAUACCCAUUUGUUUUCUCAAAUACCCAUCUGCAUCAGCUCCUCAAGUUUCCUUUUUUUUAAUUGAGAUUUGUAGAUUUUGGCAUUGGAUUAGCUCUGGUUCCUCUGUGUCUGUUUUCCCAAAUGCCCAUCUGAUUUGGCUGUUGAUGUUGGAAGGGUUUUGUUGGUUAAGUUAUGGACUUCAUGCUCAUGAUUUUGGAUCCGAGUUUGUUUUUCCCGUUUGAUUGUAUUUCCUGGUUUCCGGCUUACCCAUCUGCUAAUAUAAGCUACUCUGGUUAAAAUGUCAUAAUCAGGAAAAUGAAGAGAGGAAGACAGUACGGAAAAGUAAAGAAGGGAAAUAAGAACGGCUAAUCUAACAUAUUGCGAUGGAAGUGUCUACAAAGACAGUUAUGGCUAUCAAGUCUUACCAAAAUCAAGCGGGAGUGCUGGUUAAAAACUAUUUAUUAGCGGAUCCCUUCAUACCAUAUACUUCCAUUAUUGGAGGCAUAAUUUUGUGCAAAAUGGUAUAUGAUCUUACCCAGUUAAUUAGUAGCUUUUACAUCAAGACUUAUGCUGGCCUUACAAAAAUCCAACGAAUUGAGUGGAACAGUCGAGGUAUCUCCAGUAUUCAUGCCAUUUUUAUCACAGCUCUAUCCUUACAUUUUGUGUUCUGGUCCGAUCUCUUUUCUGACCAACCUCAUGCUGGCCUUGUUACAUUUCGAAGCUCACCACUGUCCGUUUUUGGAUUAGGGGUUUCUGUUGGGUACUUCUGUGCGGAUCUAGGAAUGCUAUUAUGGCUAUACCCUUCUUUAGGUGGAAUGGAAUAUGUUUUCCAUCACUCACUUUCUGGAAUUGCAGUAGCUUACUCCAUGUUUUCUGGAGAAGGGCAACUUUAUACAUACAUGAUCCUCAUCUCUGAGAUCACUACUCCAGAGAUCAAUAUGAGAUGGUAUCUUGAUACAGCUGGUAUGAAGAGGUCCAGUGCAUAUCUCAUAAACGGCAUUGUGAUAUUUUUAUCAUGGCUGGCUGCAAGAAUUCUGCUGUUUGGUUACAUGUUUUACCAUGUUUACUUGCACUAUGAUCAGGUCAUCCAGAUGCACACCUUUGGAUAUCUGCUGGUCUUUGUUGUGCCAUCAGUGCUAGCAAUAAUGAACUUGAUGUGGUUUGGAAAGAUUAUCAAGGGAUUGAUCAAGCAAUUAGCCAAGAUGCAAUGAUGGAUAUAUAUAUGUUCCAAUUGAGUCUAAAGUCCUCCCCUUAAGAUGGGUCUGUGCUUGUGCAUUCUUCUAUUUUGCUCACUGUAUAAAUGAUAGAGGCCUCGAGGGGUUCAAAAAGAAAUCGAAACGGGAGGCAUUUUGGUGGUCACAAUUGUUGUAAAUGUUUCUAAAGUUUGUUUGUUGUUAAAUUACAAGGGGAAUCCAAUCUAAGAUCUCUACUUUUUACCUCA